AUGGACACGGCCACCCAAUGGGCAAUUGCGGGUCUCGUCUUCUUAUUGAUUUUAUUGAUUGUUCUAUUAUUCUCGAAGACGCCUUUUCUGACAUUCUUCACAGCUGACCAAGGAUGGGAGAAAUUGGAUGAGAAUAGUGGCAUAUUGGAACAUUCCAAUACCCUCUCCCGUAUUCCUGUACAUUAUCAAACGCCAUACGACAAAUCUGCGAAUCUCUGCUACAGUAGUCCAUUGGACGGAUUCAUCAAAAUGAACUAUGGGAUUCAAGAUGAAAAAGAGACGAGGCAAUAUCUCGUCCCAAGUGAAGAUAUUGAGUGUCAGUUGGUAGUCGAACCAGCUUCGCCUGAAGUACAUCUUACCCCAGUAACACCUGAGCGACGGAUUUCUGACGACCAGCUUCAAUGUCCUACACAGUUACGACGGGGCAUCUCAACCGAUAGCUUGGACAGCUCCGCCUCGUCGAUUAUGGAAAUGAAUCGCGAUGUCCCUACGGCAAAUCUUACGCUCAAGUAUGACGAGACCACCCAAAUGCUCUCUGUACAAUUACAUCAUCUAUCAGAUGUAUACAACGACUAUGGUCAGAUUUGGAUGCUUUUCUUCCUACUUCCUCAUCCGAAACCACUCUGGCGUACUGAGAGUCCGAGUGACGAUACAACGGGAACGGUGAAAUUGGGUGAAAUCCUAUUCCUUGCUUCAUACUCUCAUGAUCGAUUGAACGUGAUCGUCUCAAAGAUUAGGAAUCUUUCAAAUGUCUACAAAAGCGAGUUUUAUUACAAGUAA